AGCAGAAGCAUCCCUCCCUCUGCCGGAGCCCGUCCCCUCGGCUGCAGGGGCGGAGCGGCGGGGUCUGGAUUGGGCUCAGGAUCGGGCUCGGCAUUGGGAAAGCGAUCGGGAAAGGGAUCGGGAUCAGUCAGAGCAGCGGAGGCUCGGUGCGGAGGAAAGAACAACUCUGAAAUCAUGUCCGGGAAACCUAAGCUGCACUACACAUGUGGAAGGGGGAAAAUGGAGUCAAUCCGAUGGCUGUUAGCAGCAGCUGGGGUUGAGUUUGAGGAACAAUUCAUAGAAACAAGUGAACACCUAGAAAAACUACGCAAUGGCGGAUCCUUGCUGUUCCAGCAAGUGCCCAUGGUAGAGAUCGAUGGGAUGAAGAUGGUGCAGACCAGAGCCAUCCUCAGCUAUAUAGCAGGGAAAUACAAUCUCUAUGGGAAGGACCUGAAGGAGAGAGCCUGGAUCGAUAUGUACGUGGAAGGAACAACAGACCUGAUGGGAAUGAUCAUGCAGCUCCCUUUGCAGUCAGCUGAGAUGAGAGAAAAGAAUCUUGCCUUAAUCAUUGAACGAGCUAAGAGCAGAUACUUUCCGGUUUAUGAAAAGGCCUUAAAAGACCACGGUCACGAUUAUCUUGUUGGCAACAAAUUUAGCUGGGCGGACAUCCACCUGCUGGAAGCCAUUCUAAUGGUAGAGGAAUGUAAGCCAGAUAUACUGUCUGCAUUCCCUCAGCUACAGGCUUUUAAAGGCAAAAUAAGCAACAUUCCAACAAUCAAAAAAUUCUUGCAGCCUGGCAGCCAGAGGAAGCCACCAGCAGAUGACAAGUAUAUUGCUAACGUGAGGAAAAUAUUCAAUAUCUAAUCAUGUGGCUGCUGAAGAUAACACAACUGUAGCAUAUUACCUGAGCUGUGCCUUUUAAGUGUAAACUGUGUAGAUGUAUUCUGCGGCUAUAGUAUUAAUCUUUGAAAGAGAAGAUGGUUUAGAUUGGAAUAAAAGGCUGCAGGACCUGUUGAUUUCACAAGGUAGCAUUUUAUUACCACCAUUUUUUACUACCCCCAGCUCCAUUAAAUAAAAUAUGCUAAUACUCUGUGUUUGCUUAAUUGCAGUAUUUCCAAAAUUCAACGUCCCCCGAUCUAUGUAAUUGCUGUCUGUACUUUUAGAGCUACAGUUUAAAAACUAUAUAAAUAACAAAUA